AUGCGACAGCAACGCCGUGCCUUCACCUCCUUACCUCAGACAUGGAAGAAGACACCAGAAUCAUCUCCUGAUUUCUGCCUUUCCUACUUGGCUUUUAUAAUUAAGUCAUCUCCCUCGGCUCAUCCUCCUUCCUCCUUAAAUCCAUGCUGCUGCGCUCCAAAUCUUCCUCCUUCCCUCACACCCCUUUCCCUUUGUGGCCUGUUGAGGUUCCUCUUCAUCCUCCUGGCCUCCCUGUGCUUACUGCCCUGUCCAACCCAGGCAGCUUGGUUUCGGGUUGGAGUGGUGGGGCCCUGGGGAUGUGACCCUCUCUUUGCCAAGGCCCUUCCCAGUGUGGCAGCACAGCUCGCCGUCAAUCGCAUCAACAAGGAUGCCUCACUGUCCUAUGCUGUAACAUUUGAGUAUGCAGUGCUGCAGGAGCCAUGUGAGACAUCCAGGGCACUGGAGGCAUUUGUGGGUUUCCACACCAAAGCUUCAGGCUACAUUGGGCCAGCCAACCCAGGCUAUUGUGAUGCUGCUUCAAUGCUGAGCAAAGGCUGGAAUAAAGCACUGUUUCCUUGGGGAUGUGUUGGCUAUGAGUUGGAUGAUGUUCGGAGCCAUCCGACUUUUGCUCGCUCGAUGGCAAGACCUACCUGGGUCCUACUUAGUGUCAUGAGCUACUUCAGGUGGGCUCACAUUGGCAUCAUCUCUUCCUCUGAGGACAUCUGGAUGGAAACAGCAACCAAGGUGGCUGACGCCUUGAGGAGCCAUGGCAUGCCAGUCAGACUGGUCACUUUUAUGGAGAACACACCUCACGGCAUCAGACGAGCUCUCACCAAGGUCCGCAAGAUGAGUGAAAUACGAGUUGUGAUCCUCUGCAUGCACUCAGUUCUGAUUGGUGGCACAGCCCAGAGGCUUCUACUGGAGACGGCCUACGAUAUGCAGAUGAUCGAUGGCUCUCUAGUGUUUCUUCCUUAUGACACACUGCUCUACAGUCUGCCCUACCAUAAUGUGACCUACCCAGCUCUGAAGAGAAACAACAAACUGCUGAGGGCCUAUGAUGCCGUGCUGACCGUCACCAUCGACUCACCCCGGGUGUCGUUCUACGAGGCUUAUAGAGAGGCCAUGGAAAGAGGAGAGGUGGCGAGUACGUUGAAACCCCAGCAGGUAUCGCCUCUGUUUGGUACCAUCUACAACUCUGUCAUCUUCAUGGCUCAUGCAGUGCAUCGGGUUCGGGAGUCCAGGGAGUGGAUGUCUGGAGGAAAUUUGGCACAACAGAGCCGAAACUUGGCCUUCCAGGGCUUCAGCCACCCAAUUAAAACUAAUGGGUCUGGAGCAGCUCUGCUGGAAUACCUCAUACUGGACACAGAUGGAAUAUCUUGGGAGCUGAAGCCAACACACAGGAUUGACAUGGAGAUCGGUAUGGUCCGCUUCUUGGGUAAAGACAUCCAUUUCCCUCGAGGUUAUGGACCCAAGAAAGACGCCUCAUGCUGGUUUACUCCAGGAGUCAUCUGCUCAGGAGGAGUGGAUUUGUUCUCAACCAUAAGCGUGCUCCUUGGGGUGAUUGCUGCCUUUAUUGUUGCUGUGCCACUAAUUUACUGCAUCAGGCGACGGAUAAAUCAGAUCCGGCUGGUCAGAGGUCCCAACAAGAUUUUACUUACACUGGCCGAUGUCACAUUCAUAAACCCAUCACUUAGCAACAAGAAGCUGAGUCUGGAUGACAGUAGGACUAGCGGCAUGAAGAGCAUGUCUGAACGCAGUCUUGCCUCAACGAUUUCCACCCAAUCGCCAGCCACCUACGAAAACUCCAACGUUGUAAUUUUUGAGGGGGACUGGGCGUGGCUGAAGAGGCUUCCUUAUGGGACGUUUAGCAGCAUCAAUCCCAAAACGAGUGAUGUGUUUGAACUGAUGAAGGACAUGCGUCAUGAGAACGUCAACCCUUUUCUUGGCUUUUUUCAUGACUGUGGCGUAUUCGCCAUUGUGACUGAGUUCUGCUCCAGAGGCAGCCUCGAGGACCUGCUCCUAAAUGAAGAUGUCAAGCUCGACUGGAUGUUCAAGUCAUCUCUGUUGCUGGAUCUAAUUAAGGGUAUGAAGUAUCUCCAUCACCGUGGAGUGUCUCACACUCGUCUAAAGUCUCGCAACUGUGUGGUGGAUGGACGUUUUGUCCUGAAGGUUACAGAUUAUGGCUACAAUGAAGUCCUAGAGGCUCAGAGGUUCCCCUAUGUUGAGCCACAUGCAGAUGAGUUACUUUGGACUGCUCCAGAGAUCCUGAGGAGUGGCCAGGCAGGACUACACGGGACUUUACCCGGUGAUGUGUACAGCUUCGCCAUCAUCAUGCAGGAGGUGGUGGUGAGAGGGCCUCCAUUCUGCAUGUUGGACCUGUCUGAUAAAGAAAUAAUAGAGAAGCUGUGUAAGCCUCCUCCUCUGUGCCGUCCAGUGGUCAGUCCGGACUAUGCUCCAAUGGAGUGUAUCCAGCUGAUGAAACAGUGCUGGAACGAACAGCCAGACAAGCGGCCGGCCUUUGAUGAAAUCUUUGACCAGUUCAAAAACAUCAACAAGGGGAAGAAAACCAACAUCAUUGACUCUAUGCUGAGGAUGCUGGAGCAGUACUCGUCUAACCUGGAGGAGCUAAUCAGAGAGCGGACAGAGGAGCUGGAGAUAGAAAAACAGAAGACAGAGAAGCUUUUGACACAGAUGCUGCCUCCGUCUGUGGCAGAGGCUUUGAAGGUGGGCGGGACAGUUAAACCAGAAUAUUUUGACCAGGUGUCACUGUAUUUCAGUGACAUCGUUGGCUUCACCACCAUCUCAGCUAAUAGCGAACCCAUUGAAGUGGUCGAUCUCCUCAACGACCUCUACACGCUCUUUGACGCCAUCAUAGGAAACCAUGAUGUCUACAAGGUGGAGACAAUAGGCGAUGCUUACAUGGUAGCGUCAGGUGUUCCAGUUCCUAACGGCAUCCGACAUGCUACAGAAAUAGCCAACAUGGCUCUUGACAUUCUGAGUGCUGUGGGGACCUUUAAAAUGAGACACAUGCCCGAUGUUCCAGUGAGGAUACGAAUAGGACUUCACACAGGUCCGUGCGUAGCGGGUGUUGUGGGUCUCACCAUGCCUCGCUACUGUCUGUUUGGAGACACAGUGACCACUGCCUCUCGUAUGGAGUCCAGCGGGAUGCCUUACAGGAUCCAUGUUCAUCAGAGUACUGUGAAGGUCCUCCAUGAACUAAAUCUUGGCUACAAGUUGGAGUUGAGAGGAAGGACAGAAGUCCGGGGGAAAGGAAUAGAGGAGACCUACUGGCUCGUAGGGAGAGAUGGAUUUACCAAACCCCUGCCUGUUCCUCCAGAACUCAAGUCUGGGCAAAUGGCCCAUGGGCUGCAGAUGGCCGAGAUAGCCCAGUACAAGAAACGGAAAGCCGAGAAACAACAACAGGAACAACUUGCAAAGAAGAAAAACUGAGCACCAGCAUUUGCAUUCCGAGGAAGCAGUCGAAGGACAUGAAGCUAAUGUUUCACAAGGCAGUGAAAAAAAUAUCGCACGUCCGUGUUGUGACGCAGCUCUACAUGCACGAAGACGAC